AUGCAAACUAGAAUUUGGUAUGGGCGUAUGGCUGGUUGGCUAUUAUUAGCUGAUGGACAGCGAGGAGCGAACUGCUCACUUGCAAAUCAUAUCAUGGAGGGGUGGUUGACCUUAAGUUUGAUAGCACUAGCCACGCUACUGGCCCUUUGGUUUUUCAAGCUCUCCGGUGGUAAGAAGCAGCGGCUGCCUCCAGGGCCAUGGAGACUCCCGAUCAUCGGCAGCCUCCACCACGUCGUCAGCGUCCUCCCGCACCGCACCAUGACAGAGCUGUGUCGCCGGCACGGACCCAUGAUGUACCUCCAGCUAGGAGAGAUCCCCACCGUGGUGGUUUCCAGCGCGGAGGCGGUGGGGCAGAUGAUGAAGGCCAGCGACCUCCUAUUCGCGAACCGGCGGACCACCGUGAUGCAGGACAUCGUCGGCUAUGGUGGUAUGGGCAUCAGCUUCGCCCCCUACGGUGACCACUGGCGCCGAAUGCGCAAGGUGUGCGCCACGGAGCUCCUCAGUUCCAAGCAGGUCAGGCGCAUGGAGAGUGUGAGGUCCGAGGAGAUGGGCAGCCUCCUCCGUUCCAUGGCGGCAUCACCUGGCGCCACCGUCAACGUCAGCCAGAAGGUGGCGGCGCUGAGCAACGACGUCGUGGCACGGGCGGUCUUCGGCGGCAAGUUCAGCCAGCAGCAGGAUUACAUCCACGCGUCUCACCGGGUCAUGAACCUUCUGGGAGGCUUCUCCCUUGUCGACCUCUUCCCGUCCUCGAGGCUCGUGCGGUGGUUGAGCAGCGAGGAGUGCCGCAUAAAGAGCAGCCUCGACCUCAUGCAGCGCAUCAUCACCGACAUCCUCGUCGAGCGCAAGGCUGUGCGAGCUGCCGGCAACGGCGACGAGGGGCUGCUAGACGUGCUGCUCACAUGCCAGGAGGAGGACUCGCUGGAAUCCCCUCUGACCACAGAGAUGAUAACCACCGUCUUGUUUGAUAUUUUUGGAGGCGCUACUGAUACCACUUCAACCACUUUUGAGUGGGCUAUGUCGGAACUCGUCAAUCAUCCAGUAGCCAUGGCUAAGGCACAAUUAGAGGCCCGUAAGGUACUAGGUCCAGACCGAGCUAUCAUUGUCAGUAGCGACCUUGCAGAACUCCACUACAUGCGGAUGGUCAUCAAAGAAACAUUAAGAUUGCAUACACCCGUUCCUCUACUCAACCGCAAGAAUGGAGAGGACUGCAAAAUUAUGGGUCAUGAUAUGCUUAAAGGUACCAAUAUAUACAUUAAUGCCUUUGCAAUUUCCAGGGAUCCUCAAUACUGGAACAAUCCUGAAGAGUUUAUUCCAGAGAGAUUUGAAAACAAUAACAUGGAUUAUAACGGGUCAUGCUUCGAAUUCACUCCUUUCGGGUUCGGGCGACGCCUUUGUCCUGGGAUAACAUUUGCCUCAUCAGUUUUAGAGAUGGCAUUGGCUAACUUUCUCUAUCACUUUGACUGGAUGCUUCCUGAUGGGGUCAUCUCGGAGUCGCUGGACAUGUCCGAGAAAUUUGGGUUAAUUGUACGCAGAAGUUCUGACCUGCACCUUAGAGUUAUUCCACACCUAUGCUCGAAAGCUAUGGAGAUUUAA